AUAAAUUGUUGAGUGAUAUACGCGGCCUUGUUACAGACUGAAAAAAUUGCAUGGUCAUUUAGAAAGUGUUGAAAAAUUACGUACACCUCUGACAUGGCAUCAUAUUUUGACGAACAUGAUUGUGAACCUUUAGCAGACGGCGAACAACCAAAUCACAUGUUACAUAUGGCAAGGUUGCUCUUAGACAGUGGAUUAGCUGCAGAAUGGAAUAUUGAAUACGAAGAGGCAUUUGGUGGAGAAAGGAAAGUUCCCCCUGCAUCAAAAAAGUUUGUUGAAGAAUUACCUAGGAUCAUUAUUUCCCCCACAGAGGCUGCUUUGGAAAAGAAAUGUCCAGUAUGUUUAGGAUUGCUUGAUGAAGAAGAUGAGGCAAUUGUACUUCCUAAAUGUUCCCACAAAUUUCAUUCCAGUUGCAUUUUGCCUUGGCUCCAAAGGGUGAACAACUGUCCCAUGUGUAGAACUGAAUUUCCUACAGAUGACCCUGAUUAUGAAAACUAUAAGAAACACAAGGCAAGAGCAAAACAACGAGAGUUUGAGAUAGACACUUUGCAUGAUGCCAUGUUUGGAUAAAGAAUUCUUUUUUUAACUUUUAAAAUUGUGCAAUUUUUGUAAAUGAAUCAGAAAUUUAAUUAACUUUUAAUUUAGUAUUUCAUCAUGUUCAUGAUGUUUAAUAUUUUUACAUAGUAAAGUUUUGUCACAUAAAUUCA